AGUACUGCCUGCACUGCUCAGCUGCAUGCUCCUAACAGAUUGUUGUCUGAGGCGAGAAGGCAGCAGGCCAUGCAUGAAUCCACAGCUACCCUCGAGGAGAUAAUGGUGUCCAGUCACUCCUAGGAACUGGAGAGAGAGUUCAGCUGUGCAUGUUUUCACUGCCUGACACAGUCUUUCCUUGAAAAGUGAAAGUGCUGAGACUUGUCUUUACUUGCUCCUGUAGCAGCUUCAGACUUUUUGAUUCAUCUCAGCUCCUCUUGUUUUUUUUUUUUUGUUUUUUUUCUUCCCCCCAAACAUGGGUUGUUCUUCCUCCAGUGCACAGACUGUGGACCAAGAGAAGAGACCAGGUACAAAACCUGAAGAGACCAAUGGAAGCACAGUUGCAAUCAAAAAUGGGCACAUUGCAGAAGACGCACAGACCAUCGAGGACCAGAUGCAGCUGCCGGUGCAGACGGCCAUACCCAACGGUCUUCAGCCAGGGGCCGACGAUGAGAAAGAGGUCGUUCUAAUGGCCCUGGAGGCCAAAGAAGACCUUGUAGCUGAUGUUGUAGCGGCCCCUGAACCUGAGCCUGAAGCUGCUGCGCCUGAAGAGCCGCCUCCAGAAGCUGCAGCCUCCGCUCCAGGAGGAGACCCGGCUGAGCCCGAAGCUGCUGAAGCAGCAGUGGAGGAAGCGGCCCCUGUAGAAACUGUAGCCGAGGAGGAGGCCCCUCCGGAGGUCGUGGCCCUCGAUGAGGCCCCCGCUGUUGAAUGUGUUGAAGCAGUGGAAGCAGAGGCCAGUGUUGUUGCUGAACCUGUGGUACCAGAAGCGGUAGAGACCCCAGAAGCUGAGGAGAAGGCCCAAACUGAGCCCGUUCAAGUUUCCGAGGAAGUGAAGACUGAAGCGCCAGCAGCAGUAGUAGCUGUGGAAGCAGUCGCCGAGGUCCCAACAGAAGUAGCCGAGGUCGUCCAGGCUCCAGCAGAAGCGGCUCCAGCAGAAGCGGCUCCAGAGGCAUCCACAGAAGUAGCUGAAGCUGUCCAAGCUCCUGCAGAAGCGGCUCCAGAGGUUCCCGCAGUCGCCGAGGCUGUUGAAGCUCCUGCAGAAGCGGCUCCAGAGGUUCCCGCAGUCGCCGAGGCUGUUCAAGCUCCUGUAGAAGCGGCUGCUGAGGCCUCCACAGAAGUGGCCGAGGCUGUGCAAGCCACUGUGGAAGUGGCUGCUGAGACACCAGCAGAAGAAGCCGCCGCGCUGGUGGAGGCAGAGGGUCCAACUGACAAAUCUGCAACAGAGGCUGCCUCAGCUCCAAGUGAGGAAGUCGCUCCAGAUCAGGUUUCAGCACCGAGUGAAGCCGCAGCACCAUCCGAACCCUCGGUGCCUGCUGAACCUGCAGCGUCGGUCAUAGACACAGCCAUUGCUGCGGCGACUAUUCCAGACAUGCCUCUGAUACCUCCAGCCACAGCGGAGGCCCAGGCUGAGUCCCAGCCUGCCGCUGAGGCAGCAGCAGCAGCAGCAGCAGCAGCAGCCCCCUCCACAGCUCCAGAAGCUGCCGCCCAGCAGCUCCAGACCGCGGAGGAGCCAGCGACUGUCCCAGCAGCCUCAGCAGCACCUGAACCUUCACCUGACGUGGUCCCAGUGAAGGCGGCCUCGCAGGAUACCGAGAGCGAGAAAGCCAAAAAGGAGGAUUGAGUUGCAAAAAGGGAUUCUCCAAAAAAAACUAAACCCCAAAGACGACUGGAUACAAAACGAGAUGAAGCAAGAAAAAAAGGAAAGAACACUAAAUUUUCUGUAUUUUCUACCCAGCACUCACCAAACUUUACACCAGAUACAUUAAAUCCACGUGCCUUAAUAACUUAUCUUUUAGGAAAAACCUGGACUUUUCCUACAUUUGUAUAUAACCCCAUUCUGGAGGAGGAGUCUUCAAUAUUGAGACAUAAAGUGCCUGGAGCCUCAUACUACACAUGUAGGCUUUUUAGAAAAUGUUUUCAUUUUUAGAUGGAACUGCUUCAAAAACAAACAAACAGGUAAUGUGUGUCAAGAGGGUGCAAUACUCUGUGAAAUCUAUGAACUCUUGAGCGAGUGGAGUAUGUUUGAAAUGCAGGGAAGGAUGCUUGUAGUGAAUCUUUGAUUAUUUAAAGUAGCUGCUUCUGAGGAAAACAAGCCAAACACAACUGUGAAUAAAAUUAUGCAAAGAGGUUAAAGUGACAGAAAUACCAAAACCAAACGGGCGAAUAGCUCGGCUGGGGUCACUUCAGCUUUUUUAAUUGUUCUUCUUUUAUCUAUAUGAAACUGAUGUUUGAAGCUCAUGUCAUAUAAAAAAAAAAAAAGAAAGAAAAUGUACAUUUUGUUUACACAUUUUAUAACUACAGUGUUUUCUAACGAAACUCAUCUUGUUAAUGGGAAUGACAGUAAUACGUGUUGAAUGACACAAGGUUUGAUUUUUAGAUACUUUGUUGUUUUACAUGUAGAGAAUCAGUCAUCCGAUGUGUUUUGAGUUGUCUUAAGGACUUAAAGAUGAUCACAUGUCUAUGCAAAGGCUUAGUGCUGACGAGAUAAUUCAUCCGGUUUGAGGACGAUGUAAUUGUACCGUCGCCUAUCUGUUUUCUGAAUCUUCCCUUCAGCUGUCAGGUGUUCCUGAAACUCUCAAAGAUGUUUGGCGUCACAGCACCAUGCUGCACGCUCCUUUACUGCAUUACGUACAUGUGUGGCACAGUAUGACUUCUUAGAUGAUUCUGUUAAAGGAUAGAGGACCUAGAAAAUGACUUUAGUUUCCUAAAAUGUGAUGGAUGACAUGGGAAAACUUUCUUUUUAUUUGUUUCUUUCCAUCUGUUUCUCUGUAACUUGUUCAAUCUUUGAAAUUUGUCUAUGACUCUGCUAACCUCUUAGUGUACAGAAUAAAGUUUUACCCACUA